AUGCUUGCUGUGCCAACACGAGGAUGUAAAUUCAGAUCCCAGCACCCGCAAAGCAAACUAGACAUUGUAGUACACACCUGCUUCUCUUUGGGCUCCACAGUGCAAUCUCACACCAAAGGGAUCUGGAUGUGGUGUGUGCCUCAUCCCCAGAAGGCAGGCACCACCUUAGUUCUGCUUGACACAGAGGGCCUGGGUGAUGUUAUAAAAGGUGAUAACCAGAAUGACUGCUGGAUCUUUGCCCUGGCUGUACUUCUGAGCAGCACCUUUGUGUACAACAGCAUGGGAGCAAUCAACCAACAGGCCCUGGACCAGCUGCAUCAGCUAUGUGACAGAGCUGACAGAAUCAGAACAAGAUCCUCGCCUAACCAGGAUGAGGUUGAUGUCUCAGAUGAGUUUGUGAGCUUCUUUCCAGACUUUGUGUGGGCUGUGAGGGACGUCUCUCUUGAGCUGAAAGUAGAUGGGAAUGCCAUCUCUGCUGAUGAAUACCUAGAGAAUUGCCUGAGAUUUAUAUAUGGUACUGGCCAAAGAGAUAAAGAAAAAGAAUUAAACAUGCCUAGGCUCUGUAUCCAUAAGUUCUUCCCAAAGAGGAAAUGCUUUGUCUUUGAGAGGCCAGCACAGGGGAAGAAGCUUGGCCAGCUGGAAUCACUACAGGAUCAUGACAUGGACUCAAACUUUGUGGAACAAGUGGCAGAGUUCUGCUCCUAUGUAUUCAGCUCUUCCAAGGUUAAAAUGCUUUCAGGAGGCAUCAAGGUCACUGGACCACGUGAGUCCCUUCCCAAUGCUUUUGCUCACUGUUUAGGCCAUAUCAUCAAAAUGGUACCCAUUGAGAAAGAAGUCAUCAAGAUCUUCAUGGAGAAUUCCUUCAAAGACAUUAAUCAAGUGUUCCUAAUGCAAGUAAUGACCAGAUUAGAAACAAAUAUAGAAGAAUUCUUUAAGAAGAAUAUAUAAGCAUCCUCAGACCGCUGCUCAGCUCUGCUUCAGGAUAUUUUCAGUCCUCUAGAAGAAGACUUGAAGCACGGGAUUUAUUUUAAACCAGGGGGAUGCCUUAUUUUUAUGCGGAAGAUACAGGAGUUGAAGAAAAAGUACUAUGAGGAACCCAGGAAGGGCAUUCAGGCUGAAUAUGUUCUACAGAAAUUUUUGCAAUCAAAGGAAGAAGUGAGUGAUGCAAUUUUACAGACAGACCAGACUCUGACAGAAAAGGAAAAUGAGACUGAAGUGGAGCGUGUGAGAGCUGAAGCCACGCAGGCUGCAGCAAAAAUGCAGGAGGAAAUGCAACAGAAGAAUGAGCAGUUGCUGCAACAGAAAAAGAGUCACAAGAAACAUAUAAAAGAGUUGACUGAGAAGAUGGAGGAGGUCCAGGCACAGUUGAGGCAGGAGCAGAAAGCAUAUAGGAAGAUAUCUCGAACACCUGCACGAAUUUCAGAUAUCCACAGGAAGGUGGAAGAAGCCAUUAUCAUGACAAGAAGCUGUGUUACAGGUCCAUGGACCGAAGAAAGGAAUGUUUCAGUUCAUGAAGAUUGA